AUGCACGAAACCCCUAGAUAUGGAAUGGGCGCAUUUUCAGGCUCUGCGUCGCCCACAAUAUGGGUCAAGAUCCGACGCCUGCCGCUCAACACUACAGAGGAGUCGUUGAGACUCAUGACCAUGUUCACACACGAACAAAUAGCUGAGGUAGAACUGCUCCCUAUGGAACAAUCAGAAGAUAGCGGGUUUCUCUCGGCUAACCUGCGAUUCCGAACCAUGGUUGGAGCACAACAUGCCAAGACGACAUUAGAUGGGCUUUUGAACGCCACCAAGGAGGCCAACAUGGUGGUCGAGAUCAAGUCUGAUGACUCACCUCUCACGCAGCGAUACUCUACAGAUCCUUUGUCAGCGAACAACUCAGGUUCGCCGGCUUCAGCUGCGUCAGCAUCAUCUACAAUUGGGCCUGGCCAGGUUCCAAGAUUCAAUAACAGCGGUUUCCAUUCACUCGAGAACAUUUCCCCCCAGACCAACAACGCUUAUCCAGGCCACGAACUCCCCAAGCCAAACUCAGCCGUUGAUUUCAAGAACAUGUUCUCCCCGCAAUCUCCUAUCGGCAACCACCUGACCGAGCGUGGUAGGAUGAGUGGCAAGGACCUUAUUGCCCACGAUUCUGCAGACGACGACGAAACGAACAAUCUUUUGAAGAACCCUCUUGCGUAUGCCGAGAUCAGCAACGCACCCUCUCAGCGCAGAGCAACAGCACCCCAGAUCCCUAUCAGCAGCAUGGCUGCCCUCUCGCUGAACACCAGCGCUAUGCCGCCCCCGGGGCCCUCUUCCUUGCCUCCAUUCAACAACGUCAUGUCGGCUCAGUCCGGACCCAUGUCGCCUGUGGAUAAGGGCGGUUUCAAUGGCUACCCAGUAGCUUUUGGCCGACAAGCCUUCCCGCCAGUUAAUCCAGCCGACCAGAACCCGCCUUGCAAUACCCUCUACGUUGGCAAUCUUCCCGGCGACGCAUCCGAGGAGGAACUCAAAGGUCUCUUUGUCAAGCAACGUGGAUACAAGCGUCUCUGCUUCCGAACCAAACAAAACGGGCCAAUGUGUUUUGUCGAGUUUGAGGACGUCUCCUUUGCUACCAAGGCACUCCACGAGCUGUACGGAACACCAUUGCACAACAGUACAAAAGGUGGAAUUCGUCUCAGUUUUUCCAAGAACCCCCUCGGUGUCCGAUCUGGCCAGGCUCCCUCACACGCUAAUUCCAACCAGAUGGGUGGAAUGCACCAACCCAUGCCAGGCUCCGCGAAUGGUUUCCCAUUAGCAAACAGGCCGCCUCCUGGACUUGGACUGACCGUACCUCCUCCAGGUCUUGGGAGUGGCCGCGGCUAUGCCUAUAUGAACGCAGGUCACGGCAACGGGGCCUUUGGUGGUCUUGCAAAUUAUGGCUGGAAUGGGCCAGUUUACAAUGACAACGAUGACCCCAAGAGGAAGAGGAAUCUUUUCGCAGGGAGCUAUCCCCCUCGACACAAUUACAUGGUGGGAAAAUAG